AUGAAAAAUGUGAAGUACAUCGAAUUGAAAAAUCAAUGGGACUACGAAGAAGACGAUUCGGAAGCGAAUGGGCAGCUUAGUUUCAGCGCUAAAAUUGUUUUGAUCCAACUUAUUCUUUUGGUUUUCUUCAUUUUAUUUGUAUUAUUCUUCCAAGGAACAUUGAAUCUUAGGAAAUCUGUAAAGUCUGAAAACACUCGGUUACCAGAAUGGAAUAAAUCAUCUUCUAUAAAACGGGUUUCCAGGUUUCAAGAUAAUUAUUUCACAAAAUAUGAAAGCCGAUACCUAAACUGCACAGAAUUCAUUAAUGGAAAUCAAGGAGCCAUUGAUUCCUAUGUGAUCAGUGGAAAACUGCGAUUGCAUAAAGACAAACUUCUAGGUUUACAAAUGGAUUGUGAUUCGAUAAAGAAUAGACUUUUCGGAGAUCUACCACCAUUUAAACAUUUGAAAAGAUCGAUUGCUUUCGUCAGAAAUAUCUAUCAGCUAUAUGAACUUCAAGAAGCAUUUCUCUCAAUGAUCUAUCAUCCAAGUCAUUUUUAUUGUUAUGCUAUUGACCUGAAAAGUGACGAAAGACUGAAGAAGUCUAUGAGAGUUUUGUCGAAUUGUUUGGAUAAUAUAAUUGUUCUGGACAAGGAAUACGAUUUCGAUAGAUCUGGUCACAAACAAGACGAAGCACAUUUCGAUUGUUCGAAGAGAAUCCUAGAAAAGAACUGGAGUCACGCAAUCACUCUUCAGAACUUUGACCUAAUAAUCAAGACACCUGAACAGCUAUCAGACCUCAGUGAACUUCUAAAUGAAACCAGUAUAAUGGGUUCCGAUCAUGCCCUUACUGACAGAUAUGAUACUAAUGCGGAUUGGACUCCAGUUGGAAUGAUGUUAUUCAAAAAUGAAAGCGAGGUACCAGAUGAAAUUCUUCACAAAAAGUUAGUAGUUCGCAAAAGUUUAAAUGAAGUGGUUCUUUCAAAAGUUUUCGUGCUAUCAAUGUUUGAAAAAUUAAAUUUGAAUAUGGUUAUAAAACGAUUUGAUAAUGAAAGUCUAUUCGGAGUUGAUGAGAUGAUGGUUAUGACACUUUAUGAGAACUAUUUGGGUUUGGAUGGGCAAGUGGAAGUUGAUUUUACUGAUUCCCGAGAAGAUGAAUUGACAAGAUUCACUGACUGGCAAUUCAAUCAACCCGAUGGACCAAACGCCGAAUGUAAAUCUCACUGGCUUCGACACUCGAUUUGUGUUCUAGGAGUCGAAUAUCUUCAAGAAAUUUCGAAAAGUCCCAUGGUUAUAGCCAACAAAGUGCUUGAAACAUUCGACUUCGGAACAGUCAUUUGCACCAGAGAAAUGAUGAAUGACAAUAAAACUGGACGGAGUCCAGACGCUGAUUGGCUUUCAAAACGGUUUCCACAGUUUAGAGGAAUGCGAGUCAAAGUUAAUUCUUGA